AUAAACAAACGGUGCUCGGUCGCACGUGGACUGCGGAGCAGCUGCGCCUCCCAACAGAUCGCGGACUCCGGCGCGGGGUCUUCAGGCACAGGGAGCAACCAGAGAGGGCAGGAGAGCGCGCCCAGGCCUGGGUCCGGCCCAGCCGUCUCGGUCUAGCUCCCCUCGGCUCGGGUCCGCUCCAUGGCUCCGCAGCCACCGCCGCCCCUGCCGCCCUCCAGAUCGGAGGGGCCUCGCGGCGGCGAGUGCCAACACCCGGUUAAGGACUAAACUGCACCACCGCCUCUUCGCUGGACCCUUAUACCCUAAGAAAAGCUGAGGCCGGGGAGACAGGAGGCAAGAAGAGUGAACAGGAAGCAGGGCUCGGGUCGCCGCGGAACAGUCCAGCUCUAGCCGCAGGCGGAGCGCGGGGCGGCGCAGCUGGUUUGCGCUGAGCUCUGGGCUGGCAACUGCGGAGAAGUUCCUCGGUGCCCAGGCCGGUCCGGCGCACCUGUCCGUGGCCGGCACCCGGGAUUCACCUGGCCCCCGGGUCCCCUUUCCCGGUCCCAGCUGCCGCAGCCUGAGCGGGACUCCGCGGGCCUGGAGCGCGGCCAGGUCUAAUAUGCCCAGAGCCGAGGCGCGAUGAAGGAGAAGUCCAAGAAUGCGGCCAAAACCAGGAGGGAGAAGGAAAAUGGCGAGUUUUAUGAGCUGGCCAAGCUGCUCCCGCUGCCAUCGGCCAUCACUUCGCAGCUGGACAAAGCGUCCAUCAUACGACUCACCACGAGCUACCUGAAGAUGCGCGCGGUCUUCCCUGAAGGUUUAGGAGAUGCAUGGGGACAACCGAGUCGCACCGGGCCCCUGGACAGUGUCGCCAAGGAGCUGGGAUCGCACUUGCUGCAGACUUUGGAUGGAUUUGUUUUUGUGGUAGCAUCUGAUGGCAAAAUCAUGUAUAUAUCCGAGACGGCUUCUGUUCAUUUAGGUUUGUCCCAGGUGGAGCUCACGGGCAACAGUAUUUAUGAGUACAUCCAUCCAUCCGACCACGACGAGAUGACGGCUGUCCUCGCCGCCCACCCGCCUCUUCACCAUCACCUGCUCCAAGAGUACGAGAUAGAGAGGUCCUUCUUCCUCCGAAUGAAGUGCGUCCUGGCAAAAAGAAACGCAGGCCUGACGUGCAGUGGAUACAAGGUCAUCCACUGCAGCGGCUACUUGAAGAUCAGGCAGUACAUGCUGGACAUGUCCCUGUACGACUCCUGUUACCAGAUCGUGGGGCUGGUGGCGGUGGGCCAGUCCCUGCCUCCCAGUGCCAUCACAGAGAUCAAGCUGCACAGUAACAUGUUCAUGUUCAGGGCCAGCCUCGAUCUGAAGCUGAUAUUCCUGGAUUCCAGGGUGACCGAGCUGACAGGCUAUGAGCCACAGGACCUGAUUGAGAAGACGCUGUACCACCACGUGCACGGCUGCGACGCAUUCCACCUCCGCUACGCGCACCACCUCCUGCUGGUGAAGGGCCAGGUGACCACCAAGUACUACCGGCUGCUGUCCAAGCUGGGCGGCUGGGUGUGGGUGCAGAGCUACGCCACCGUCGUGCACAACAGCCGCUCGUCCCGGCCCCACUGCAUCGUGAGUGUCAAUUAUGUCCUCACGGACGUCGAAUACAAGGAACUUCAGCUGUCACUGGACCAGGUUUCCACUUCUAAGUCCCAGGACUCCUGGAGGACCACCUUGUCUACCUCACAAGAAACUAGGAAAUUAGCUAAACCCAAAAACACAAAGAUGAAGACAAAGCUGAGGACAUACCCUUACCCCCCACAGCAAUACAACUCCUUCCAAAUGGACAAACUGGAAUGUGGCCAGCUGGGAAGCUGGAGAGCCAGUCCCCCCGUAAAUGCCUCGGCUCCCCCAGAACAGCAGCUCCAUUCAGAAGGCAGUGACCUUCUGUACACGCCGUCCUACAGCCUGCCCUUCUCCUACCAUUACGGACACUUCCCUCUGGACUCGCAUGUCUUCAGCAGUAAAAAGCCAAUGUUGCCAGCCAAGUUCGGGCAGCCCCAGGGAUCCCCGUGUGAGGUGGCACGCUUUCUCCUGAGCACGCUGCCAGCCAGCGGCGAAUGCCAGUGGCAUUAUGCCAACCCCCUAGUGCCUAGCAACCCGUCUCCAGCUAAGAACCUUUCUGAACCGCCCACGAACGCUGCCCGGCACAGCCUCGUGCCAAACUAUGAAGCGCCCGCCGCCGCCGCCGCGCGCAGGUUCGGCGAGGACACCGCGCCCCCGCCGCCGCCGCCGAGCUUCCCGAGCUGCGGCCACUACCGGGAGGAGCCCGCGCUGGGCCCGGCCAAGGCCGCCCGCCAGGCCGCCCGCGACGGGACGCGGCUGGCGCUGGCCCGCGCGGCGCCCGAGUGCUGCGCGCCGCCGGCCCCCGAGCCCCCGGGCGCGCCCGCGCAGCUGCCCUUCGUGCUGCUCAACGCGGCGGCCGGCUCGCUGCGGCCCCGGCACGCAGGCCCCAGCGCCGCCUCGCCGCCCGGCGCGCCCCGGCCGCACUACCUGGGCGCCUCGGUCAUCAUCACCAACGGCAGGUGA